GAACGUCGAGCGGCUCAUGGGGACAGCGGUUUAGACAGUCUACUAGGAGAUUGCCGGUCGGAAUCAUCGCCACGUUAUAACCCGUUUAGCACCUUGCGGUGCGCGCGCUCGCGAUCACAAGGACGGACGGUUGACACGACGGAGUUGUAGCAAUACUCUCUUCAAGGCGGUUGCCCUGGGCCUUAGGUUGCAAAAAACAAAACUGUCCCGGCUUUACCGCGUGGCGUGGAGUAAGGUCACGCGCAGUUGUACGGUCUAGACUGCGCCUGGUGGGGGACACAGUCGUUUGUUACUCAUCGAACAAGUGCCGCCUCGAGCCGCGCACUGUGUAUGUGUGGAACAUGUGUGUAGCCCCCCACACCCUACCACGAGUGGGUGACAUUCCAUUCAAGCUACGGGGCCGGCAGCAGUGUGUAUCCGCUCAGUUUCCUGCUAUACAGUUGACCCGGUUGGUUUGGGUCUGAAUUCCGAGAACGAGUGAUAAGGAAACCCGCCGGAACAGUGGGGGAAACGGUUCACCACUGGCACGCACACAACCGUAGGCAACCAGCCCGGAAAGGUGGUUUCGUGCUGGUUGCGUGGUGCACAGUCAGCUGAUACGUGAUGGCCCACCAGCAGCCGGUGGUGCCACCUGUUGUUGUUCUCCGCCGCGCCGCGUGUAAGCAUUGUUGUGUGUUCCACGUGCUCAACCCGGGCAAGCAAGUGUGUGUACGCCGGGUCGACGUCGCUCUUCACGACGUUCCAGUUCAUUCUUCGCGGGAAUCGCCCGAGCUAUUACCGUCUGAAAUUCUUGGAUAAACAAACCAUAAAGCAAGGUGAUGCUUGUGAUAGUGACAAACGAAUGUGUGAUAACGUAUUUGGUGUAAUUCAAUUAGGUGUGCCGAAGCUGAAAACAAAUGGACUCGAUCGUAAUGCACACGGUGGGUUUACGAUUGCAACCAACCGACACUGUCACGAUGGUCUCAGGCCACCAAAAUUGCAUAUUCCUGUCCACGGUAGCCAACUGAUAAGCAUGGCACCGAUCGGUGUCAAAGAUUACACGCACAAUGAAUUCUUCUAAUACAAUGCAAUUGACCGACCGUGGCAGCGUGCAGCAACGUCGACGAAGACGGCGAAGGCGACAGUGGUGCGUUAUCAGUCGUUCAUGGAUAGUAGAAGAACGCGGGUUCCCAUGGACCGGCGCCACGAAUCGCACACGAGAAGCCUCGAAUGGGGGAGCCCAGGAACGAAAGCAAAAGGAACUUACAAGUGAACCGCAAAGAGUCCGCGGCGCAGUGCUGAUAAUGCCAAGCGUAUCGACAAACUGUCCAAGGAACCAUCAUCACGACCAGGGGGAACUCGUAGGGAACCAGUCGCGCUUCAGCACCGGUCUGGGUCGGUGGUACGGUCUGUUGCGAUCGCCAACGAUUGAUCGAUCCGCAUCCCGCAUCAUCGAUCAUCAUACUUCCGAUGAAGCAAGUGGUAUAUCGUCGCCGGUGAACAACACUUUUUUAGCAAGUAUGCGACCAUUGGGGAUCGACAGAAUGGUGACAAGGCGGCACCUUUCUCGUCCAACGAUACUGAUCAUUCUGCUGGUUCUGUGUGGAUUCAUUCACGCGGAUAUUGUGAACUAUGACGAUGACUAUUUGGAUGUCACUAUCAGGGAGGAGAUUCCAUAUCAACGAUCGACGGUCGAUAGCGACAGCUACGUUGUGGCGGUCGUUGAGUUUCAUCCCGAGCAGAUGACCAUACCGAUCGAAGAGCGCACCAGGAUCCACCUGAACGAGUACAGCGAGAUGAUUCGAUCUGCCACUGCCCGGCCGGCUGAUAUUAUUGUGUUCCCGGAGCUAACGCUCAACUCACUCUCCGAUCCAGUGUUUGUGCCGGAACCCAGCCAACACGUAAUACCGUGUAACGAUUACGGUACCAUACUGGUGACACUGUCCUGUCUCGCACGCGAAGUUCAAAAGUACCUGGUGAUCAACCUGUCGGAGCAGUUCUUCGUGCAGCAUCGCGCCGAAACGGUGCGCUACAACACGGACGUGGUGUUCGAUCGGAAUGGUAUGGUGAUAGCACGCUACCGGAAGUUCAAUCUAUUCAAAGAGCCAGGAACAAGCAUCACCGACGCACCGGAGCUGGUCACUUUCGAUACUGAUUUCGGAGUUCGGUUUGGUGUGUUUACCUGUUUCGACAUACUGUUCGCUGCACCGACGCUGCAGCUCGUUAAACAAGGAUUGCGUGACUUUGUGUUCCCUGCUUUCUGGACCUCGGAGCCACCGUUCCUAGCGUCGACGCAAAUAUUUGAAAGCUGGGCAUAUGCGGUCGAUGCCAAUCUGAUCGUAUCCGGUACGAACUAUGCGCUGUCCGGUGCUACCGGAACCGGUGUUUUCAACGGGCGCAGCGGUGCGCUGUUAGCACACUUUACCGGAAUACCGACUAGGCAGCUGCAUAUGGUGACGGUACCGAAGAAGCACACCAGAUGGCAACCAUCUCGCAGCGAUUUUGUACCGGCGGUGUUAAACAAUGAACGACCGGAACCGCAUCGUAUUCCCGGUGCCGAGCUGGAACGAGUCGUUAUGGGGCGCGAUUUCCUUGAGCAGUUUACUACGAUGCAGCUGAACCCUGAGUGGGCAGAAGAUACGAUCGAGCAGAUCGUGUGCCAUGGAUUUUUCUGUUGCGAUUUUAGCAUCAGCACCAAGAUCAUCGAGCCUUACACACUAACGCACUAUUAUCGCAUGGCAGUUUUCGAUGGUGAUCGUACAUUCCAGGGAUUCGCCGAUGCGCAUGUCUCGAUCUGCGCUGUGAUCGCUUGUCGCAAUGAAUCGAUUGCCAGCUGUGGUCGCCUGCUGAUAGAUGCUUCACCGUACAUGGAAUUCACCGAUAUUACGAUCACGGGACGAUUCAUUGCUAACGGCACCCUUGCGAUGCCCAACACGCUAGACAUGGCGAUGUACUCACUCGACGCUGAGCAGUAUCAAUUUUCCGGUGAUGUAAAUUACACAGACAACUACCAAACGGUCACGAUGAAACUCAACAGUCCGGUAAACCAUUUGCAAACGUUCGGCAUCUACGCGUUCAAUCAUAAAAACUUUGAGUUCUACAAUCCGAUUGAACUACCUGCAGAAAAUCCUCCCCCUGAUGGUGGGGAUGAUGGUGGUGAUGAUGGAGCGGCUAGUCUUGUGAAUCCUCCAAAACGGGUCAUUCUUCUACUUGGAGCGCUCCUAGCCAGUGCUGUUCUUCAUCCCGUGACUCUCCACUGAUAGAGAAUUCAUUUCCAACCCCUUUUCCACCGCAGUAUUCUUAGUCAACUCUGCCAAACAAGUGAGCGGAACGGGAUGAAACGGCUACUUGUGCCAUGGAUCAUUAGUUUUUAACAUAACUCACGUUUUGCUGUGAAUUAAGGAGUGGUACGCUAAACCAAAACAUCUAUUAUAUGAUGACGUGCUGUAGGAAUUUUGUGAUAGCUUUGCGCGAACCGUUAUAGAGAUCCCAUCGAAGGAUCUUCACUGAGUAACAGGCACUUAUCAUAUGAGUUAAAGUUGUUCCGUAAAAUUCAUGUUGGCCAAGAAAAAGCAACCGAAAUGUCCUCGCUUUUUUCUCCUUGAUGUGUGUGUUGAGUCCUGAGAUACAGGAAGAGGAUUUUCGUUUAUUGCAACUCAUGUUUGGUUAGCAAAUCGUGAGCUCGCUGUGUAGAAUUAUAAUGACAAGCGGCCUCGAGCGUGAUUUGACGAUCAUCAGUUAAGUACUUACUAAUCGGGUCGUACCUAGGCAUUUUAGCAGAGCACAUCAAUCCUUCGAAAAUCCAAAUAAUUAUAUUCAAGAAAAAGAGGUUGAGCAGUUUGGUUUGACAGAAUAAUAUAUUUCUUUAUUAAUAUUUCUCAGGCGAUAAAUGUUCUUUAGAUACCGAAUACAAAGUAUUUAAAAGUUAAAUUCAUUAGGUGAAAUUAACACAAUGUUUGUUGCUUUGUUUGGAGCAUAUAAAAUGUUUAUUGUUUUAUUUAUCGAAAAGAGUCCCAAUAUUACCUGAACAUGCAAGAAAUAAAUUUCUAUGGCUGCCUGCAUCUUUGGUAGCGUUUCGUACAUUUGUUUCCAGAUAUAUCAACGCCAGAUAUAAAUUGUUUAUAUCAAUUGGCAAACUUUUCACUGUAACCCUUUAAUUGGCACGUUAGAAUAACCGAAAUCAGCCAUUCGAUUACAGAUAGGAUGAAACCUAAGCGAUUUUAAUCUAUGUUACACUCAAUGUAAUGCAAUUGCAUCAAUCAAAUUUCCAGCAUCUAGAACAGAAGCUUCAACGCACAUUCAAAGCAAUCUUAUACUUUUUAUACGAUGUUGAAUUUAAUUCAAAAAUAAAUUAUGUUUGGUAAAUUAUCCAUCAGAUACUAGAUUAAAUCAAACAGAUCUUCUGGUGAUGGUAAAUAUGUAUGACCAAAAAAAGAUAAAUAUAAAUAAUUUUAUAAUAACACAUCAAAUUACAUUAAUGUAACAAGACUACUCCUUCUUAGUUGAAAUUCAUCAUAGCAUCAUUAGUAACGCAAAGUUACUUUGUGCCAUAAGGACAUGAUUAGAACCAACUAAGCAGAAGAGAACACCACAAACCGAUGCGGUGGUAUUACUUUCCUAGGUCUCACAUAGGGUUCUAACGUCUGGAUCUAAAACAAAGAGGAAUAAAAAUAGUAAUCCGAAAUUAAGAACAACAUAUUUUGAUUCAUAAGUGGAACCGUAAAAGUUUGAAUACUUACAGGAUUC